AUUGAAGAGUUAGGUUAAACAUAUAUGUGGCAUAAAGUGCAUUUUCAUGUGUGAAUGAAUGCGUGGUUUUGUGUCAAAAAGGUUAUUGACUGUAAUAACUAGUGGUCCUUUUGAAUGAGUAAAAUUUUCGCACUGAGGUACCUGCCAUCCCGUGAAUGAUUCCUCUGAUGGAUUUGUGAAAUGUCUUCGUCGAUCAAUGACCCCUUGAUAGGUGUCAUCAAUGAAGGAACCAACACCGCGACGUUUGUGGUGUUCUCGGCGACGACGGGCGAGGAGGUGUGCCACCACGGCGUGAAGAUCACGCAGCUGGUGCCGCGCGAGGGCUGGCUGGAGCAGGACCCGGCCGAGCUGCUGGCGGCCGUGCGCGAGGGCAUGGCCGUGGUGGGCGAGGAGCUGCGGCGGCGCGGGCGCGACCCGCGACGCGACAUCGCCGCCAUCGGCGUCACCAACCAGCGCGAGACCACCGUGCUGUGGGACGCCGCCACGGGCGAGCCGCUCUACAACGCCAUCGUGUGGUCCGACAUACGCACAGACUCCACAGUGGACCAUGUGUUGGCGCGUGUACCAGACAAUGACAAGAACGCCCUCAUGGAGCUCAGUGGCCUCCCCAUCAGCCCAUAUUUUAGUGCCCUGAAGAUUCGUUGGCUUAUAGACAAUGUGUAUGCUGUGCAGAAGGCCAUCAGGAGGAAAACAUGUUUAUUUGGAACAGUGGACUCUUGGCUAAUUUGGAAUUUGACUGGAGGGAAGAAUGGAGGCAUACACGUGACGGAUGUUACAAAUGCUUCAAGAACCUUAUUAAUGAAUAUAACUACUCUUCAAUGGGACCCUGUUCCACAGCAUAUUUUGCCAGAAAUUCGCAGUUCUUCAGAAAUCUAUGGAUAUGUACAAGAAGAGCCCUUUGAAGGAGUUCCUAUCUCUGGGAUUUUGGGUAACCAGCAGUCUUCUCUUGUUGGACAACAGUGCCUCAAGGAAGGUCAAGCAAAAAACACGUACAGAGCGGGUUGUUUCUUGAUUUACAAUACAGGAUAUAAUAGGGUGCUGUCAUCUCAUGGUCUGGUGACUACUGUGGCAUAUAAAAUGGGGAAGAAUGCGAGACCAGUCUAUGCCUUAGAAGGGUCCAUUGCCGUGGCUGGAGCUGCUGUGAAGUGGCUUAAGAACAACCUGAACCUUUUGAACCACGUGUCAGAACUGGAGGAUAUGGCAUCACAGGUCCAGACAACUGGGGACGUGUACUUUGUACCAGCCUUCUCAGGACUUUAUGCACCGUACUGGCGGAAGGAUGCCAGAGGAAUUCUAUGUGGACUGACGCAGUUUACUACAAAGGGGCAUAUCAUUCGUGCUUGCCUAGAGGCAGUGUGCUUUCAGACCAGAGAUAUUCUUGAAGCAAUGAAUAAGGAUUGUGGAAUUCCUCUAGAAAAGUUGCAAGUGGAUGGCAAGAUGACAAAAAACAAUCUUCUUAUGCAAUUGCAAGCAGACAUAUGUGGCAUUCCUGUUGAGCGGUCAAAUGUUAGUGAUGUCACUUCGUUAGGGGUUGCCAUGGUUGCUGGUCAAGCGGAAGGAGUUAAUGUGUGGAAGGCACAUUGGAAAGAAAAACGUGAUUUGAGGUAUACAAAAUGGAAAAUGGCUGUGCAGCGAAGCUUAGGAUGGGCCACAACAAAGAAAUCGGUUGCCAUGACAGAUGAAAGGUUCCGCUUGCUAGCCUCAAUCCCAGCAAGCUGGUUUCUCAUCGUCAGCUUUGGCAUGCUUGUUCUCUCCAAGGAGCUGGUCAGCUGACGUCCAUGAGACAUUUUCUGCCACUGUGGACAGUGCUUAAACUCCAGUUCAACUCAAUUUCUACGUUGUCACACUAGAAAGUUCAGAGAUUAGCUGUCAUUUUAGUUGUAGCUCAGCAUUUGUAUAAAUGUGUGUACUUUAGAGCCUGAGUGACAAGUAGUGUAUCUAUUGGUUUAGAUGUUCUGUUUUGUUGUUGUUUUUUUCUGCCACUGCACAAAUGAAUGGAUUAUAUGAAGAAUGAAGAUGUGAAAUGUGUUUGUAUUGUGAAUGUGAAAACAAUGUGAUAAGUGGCUAGUGUAAAUUUUGAAAUACUAUCAUUCUUCUGUUUUUCUAACAACAGUGUGAGAUUACAUGCACAUUGGAAAGUGAAGGAAUCAUGCAUGUCUAAUGCCAUUAAAAUGUCUUCAAAAAAGACAGCUGGAGCUGAUAUUUAUAAUUGACUUGUAGAACAUGAUAUUCACUGUUUAGAAGUAUAUAUUUAACUGUAAGUAUAUGGUGUAUAUAGGAUAUAUGACAACUUAACAUGAAAGCUUCUGUACUUCUGAGAAUUGCUCUGUUGUUCAUGAUGAAAUGAAAGGGCAGGGGACUUUCUACUAGAAAAUGAGGGUGUAAGCCCUCAUUAAUAAUGGCCUACUGAUGUUUGCAGUAAUGACCAUUGUCUCUCUUAUCUAUUGAAAAUUAAUAUUUCAAAUAUAUUAGAAUUAACAUUUACUAUUAUAAAAAAACAUGUCACCAACUUUAAGCAAUACAUUUGUCUUAUAAUCUAAAACGUACGCCAAUUUAAAAGAUUUAAAGCAGAAACCCUCCUAGACCAGUGGCAUUCUCUUAGAAAGUGCGGGAUGUGCAUAUCUCCUAUUGAGAACUCAACACAUCUGAGGUGAAAAAGUGUGAUGAAUUUUAGUAUAAGCAGUAAAGACAUACAGAAUUAUUUUUCCAAUGUUGUUUCUGUAUUGGUAAUUUGUUGAAGUGUUUAUAGAGCUACAGAUACUGUGCAAAUGAGGUGAUACGACAGAGUUCAAGAGAACUUGUGAUGAAUUUUAAUGACAUUGCCCCUGAGCUGGAAAGCAUAUGAUGCAUCAUGUUUAUUGUAUAAAGAAAGGCCUUUUUGUAAUGUGUUUACUUGUAUCAUUCCAGAAUAGCAACAUGAGGUGUAUAGAGCCAUAUUGUCACUUGAUAUAGCAUUAUUGCUUCUUGUGUCUUUUAAUUUUGCUUGACUCUCAGUUAAGUCACUGGAAGAUAUUUAUUUAUUAUUGUAUUAUUACAUUACAUUGUAUAAAUGUUGUGAUAUUUUACACAAAGGUGAAUGGCAUGAUAAUGGGGAAAAUGCAUGACAUGCAAUUCCAGACUUAUGGUGUCUGUGUGCUGUUUGAAACGUAAAGAAAUCACUGCUGAUUGUCCUAUCAGCCCUACAAAAUUGCUUCUGUACAAUGAUUCUUCUAGUGAUAGAGGAAAAUAGAAUACAUGUGAAAAAUAUUGUCAGAAUUUUAAAUGAAUACAGUAGUUAAAUUUUUACAAGAAAUGCCUUUAAACAUUCAUAUGAAGUACUUUUUUUUUUCUUUGGUCUUUUACAAUUCAUUUUCAAACACAUUCUCAACAUAAAAUUUUCUUUUUAUACUUCAAGGAUUUUUAACAGACCAGAAAUAGCAUAUUCAUAAUGCUAAAUAGGUUGGUCUGGAUCUUGUAGAACCAGUGUUCAUUAAUUUAAAAAACUGUAAUUUUUAGUCAUGUUCAAAUAUGUUUUUGUUAAGGUAAAGUUCCAAGUAUUACUGUUGAAUCUUUUUGUAUUGAUUUUUGUAUUUUAAUUACUGAAGACAGUGCAUGUUUGUUCUCAAAUGAGGGUAUUUGUUUGGUUGAACAUAUGAAGUUAAUGAAUUAUUAUUUAUAGUACAAUAAAAAAUUUAUUUCCUCUCCAUGCAAACACACUAGUGUCUUAGAAACCUGGGCUUACACUUUUUGCCAUUUUGGGCUUCCAGAUGAUUAGCUGGUCAGUCACUAAAUAAUUGAAGUGUAUUAUUGUCAUAAAUAGUGACAUGUGAAAUUAGCACUUACAAAUUUUGUGAUCAGUGAGCUUAGAGCAGUGCAGAUGUUACGUCUGAAAGCAUGUAAAAAUUUGUUUGAAAUAAUUUAAAUUGUUGUAAUAAAAUUAUAUAAAAUAUGACAUUAUUAAGUCUUUAUUUAUGGCUAAAUUUUGUACAAAGUUUUGCUCAUUUUACAAAAAUAUAGUAACUAAUAUAGAAACUGAACCUACGCAUCUCGCAACUGGAGUAUGG